CCCAUAAUUCAGUUCGGUCGACGUCACGAGUAGAGCAGGCGAAGGAGGAACGGAGGUUGAGGUUGAGGCUAGCUCACUCGCUCCUGCAAGUAUCGCAAUUGGCAAUUGUCUUUUCUAUGGAUCGGAGACAGCACGACCUAUCCCCCUCGCCGUCGUCGAUCCGUAAUACCAGUAUACCAUAUCAUCAUCAUCAAGCUCGGAUCGUAGCAAUGGCCGCGUACUAAAUGAGCGAGCGAUCAGCAAAGCCUGGGUAUUAUCGCCUGAGAACAUAAAGAAAAGUAGAAAAAUACACGUCGUCGUCGUCGUCGUCGUCGUCGACGUCGUCGUCUUGGUUCUCGCCCCGGCGUAGAUUCGCUACCAGUUGCGACACGGGGUCGGUUCUCUGCUUGUCCUCGGAUCAGCCAGCUAGCGAUAAACAUUGCGACGUUAUACGCGAUAACUCUCCACUCGAUAAGGGGGAAUAAUACACAAUCAGCGAGCCAUGAGCGAGGACAGGAGCGAUGAGGAUCCCAUAAUGGAUCUGUGGUACACGAAUUGGGAACAACAAUGCGUCGAGGCUAUCGAGGCAGAGCCAGACUACGAGGGGCAGCUCCACACAUCUAAGGAAUUGUACUCGCACCAGAUAUGGACGGGGUUUCAGACGACAGCCUCAGCCAUAGCCCAGCUGUACAAAGAUCGGACACAGGGUGCAUCUUUGUGGAUUCCCUUUCAAACCGCAGCUGGAACUGUCACAUCGCUUUAUAAAGACUCUGUUGAGGGAAUGCGAAGAUGCAGCGACAUCGGCGCUGAAAUGGGCAGGCAGAAACGUAGCAAAGAAAUAAUGAACUGGGCACGAAAAAAGCGACGUACCAUCAGGAGGGAGGACCUUCUUGCUUAUCUCGCGGGCAAACCUCCGCCGCCACGGCCUCAUUCUCACAGAAGUUCACCAAAGCCCCGCAUGAUGGUUUGCGGUUCUCCUCCAUCGCAGAGUCCUACGCCUAGUAUGGUAGUAUCGCCAGCGCCAACAUCUGGAAACGACGGAGACCCAGAACUUCACACGUUUAGAGAAGCUAUCGCUUUAUCUGGUUCUCCUAUAUCGCGCCGUGCCGGUAGACAAGCGGAAUUGUCAGCGUUCAUAAGCAGCGAAUUUGCCCGGCAUCAUAAACGGCCGGCUUCGCAUGAUGUGGAUAUGGGAUCGCCAACGCACAAACGUCCACGUUUUAUGUAACGGCGUCGUGCAAAGUAGAAUCGCUCCUUCCUACCCUGCCGUUCCCUCCGUUCCCUACAAUCCCCUGUUAAUUAACAAUAAGUCAUUUAUUGAUUGAUUAAUUGUUCAGCCCUCCGAAAACACACACGACUCACGCACACUCACACUCACGCGUACACACAUACGGCUCCCGACUAGGUGUAAUUAUUUCAUAAUCAAAUUUACAAAGAUUUUAUACAAGAAAAUUAGGACAAACUACUAAUAAGUUACCGCUACGCGAUCCGGCGUGACAACAUCUAUAGCGAUCGUUUAGAAAACUGAUAUAUAUCGUCGUUUAUUCUCCGUCAGCAUAUUUCUUGAAAACUGAGAAGUAAAACUAUUUUUUAAUUUUCGUUUUUAUUUUAUUUAGUCAAUGCAUUGCAUUAUAAUCACCUCUCAGAUCGCGGACAAUGAGGAAAUGAUCAACAACCAAAAACGAAUCUCUUAUCUUUUCUUUUUUUUCUUUUUAGACCCAGCGUCCACACCAUUCAUUUCGAACAGUUUGCUGUAAUAUUGUCAACUGAAUAGUCAUUUGAGAACACAUAUACAUAUAUAUAAUAUACACAGUUUUUUCUCUUCUCAAUUUUGUUACUCACAGAUACGUGCCUACGCGGAGAAUUCUGACUCGUGUAAGUUUGGUAAACAAUUAAUUGAUAAUAGUAAUAUUAUAAUAUCUAUACGCAUUUCUAAUCUUGUAUGCAAAAAUAUACCUCUACGCAUGUGUAUAAAAUCUUUGAAUCUUUACGCUUUAAAGCGCGCGCAAAUACUAAUAUUUUAUAUACGCGUUUGACGAACCUAAAGUGCGUUGUUGCAUUCGCGUAAAUGAAAUAGUGUUGUUGUUUUGAUUUAUAUAGUAUAUACGUAUAUGUGUAUAUACACACGCAGACCAUAAGUAAGGUUUUUUUUUUUUUUUUGUUUUUGUUUCUCAUAGCCAACCUACAAUUGAUUUGCCAUUUUCAAUGUAUUAUGGCUUAACGUGAUAUAUCAUCACUAAUAUUAUUCGUUGAAGACAAAGAAAUUUCUCUUUACGACAUGUUAAUUUAUCACGUGAUCAGAAAAUUUGAGGUCUCACCAUCAUGCUGCACGCAUUGUCAAUUUUUUUUUUUUGCAAGACAUUGCAUCGUUUUGUAACAGUUCAUAUCUGUUGACGGCUGUUUUUUUUUUUCGUUCUACCCCCCCUUUGUUAGGAUUACAGGUAGAAACUCGCUUACCCGAUAUAUAUUUUCUUUUUAUCAUUAUCUGACACAUCCAUCUCAUCCGGGCACUUUGUCUCAACCGAGGUGUAUUUUCGGAUAAAACCGAAUAAAUUGUUAUACCUAUAUAUGAAGUAGUCUUGUAUGGCUACUUUGUUUGGAAACUAUUAAGUAUUCAUCAAGCUUUCACGUUUCUGUUUUAUGAAAUUUUAUGAUUACUUUAUCAAGUUAUACAAAAAUACUAGAAAUUGUUUGGUUGUAUAUGUUCUUCGUGCGAUCCGAGAUUUCACUUAUACGCGUUGAGUUCUCCCCACAUUAUCUCGAAUAAACGAGAUUCUACUGUAUAUUUAUAUAUAUAUUGAAACGAAACCUAAAAUGUUUUUGUUUAUUUUUGUU